CCGGAGAACUGCUGGCUACACUCGCGACGCUCUACUUGCACAGUUGUGACUCUCGUGAUGGGCUCCUGCUGCUCCUGCUGCAGGCAAAGGCGUGCUCCACGCUCUAACGACUCCGACCGCGAGCCUCUCCUCCCUGCGAACUCGUACGACGCCCUGCCCCCACCAAAGACCCCAUUCGAGAAGAUCGCGGACGUCGUCGCCGGGGUGCGAGCAGGGAAGCUGCCCUCCCAGCAACAGCUGGAUGGCACAUUGCGCAGCCUCCUCGCGUCUGGGGUGCUCGACACGGCCGACGGUCUAGACGGCGCGGCGGGAGAAGAGAACACGGCGGAUGCGGCGAAGAGGGUGGUCGACUGCGCGCGCGAGGCGUGUCACGCACUCCUGCAAUUCGGAAUGGAGAAGAACGACGACGACGCCGCGCAGGACCUCGUGCACCAGCUCAGGCAGCUAUCGGAUAUCCCGGUCCACGCGGACAUCGUCGUGGGCGCCGCCGAACCUGGGCGCGUGGACGGAGAAGCGCUAGCACGCGCACUACCAUCAACGCAGGAAGCUUCUGAGGACGCGGGUGCACUAGUGCGCGCCAUAUAUGGUCUUGUCUAUGUGCUCGCUACCUCCGCCGCGUUCCGCCUCGUCCUGUCUGACGUGUUUCUUAUCGCCCGGGAGACUACAGCGGACGUCGCAGCAAGGGUUGAACUGGCCGCCGCGGCGGUGGAGAAGGUGGCAGAAGAUGUUGAAGGGACGGCCCGUCCGGGGGGAGGGACAUUUGCUGACGUGAAAGCCGAAGCAGGCGGUCUCGGGGACGGGCUCGCAAACGAACUUUCGGGAGACGGGAUCGUCGCCGACGGAAUGCGGCAGAUCGCUGUCAAGGUUCAGCAGGAAAGCCCUGACGCAGCAAAAGACGCGGUCAUUCGCAGACUACAGGAGGCUAUGGAGCAGGCGCACCGGAAUCCGUCCUUCCAAUCCGCCCUCCGCACCGUUCUCGCGCUAUUCCGCAAAUAUGCAGCGAAAGUGCGCACGGCGGCGACAGCGGCCGCCACCGCUGAGGCACCUACGGUCGAGCUCACACCUAUCGUAUGGGCGGACCCGCCUCUUGCACAGGCACUCGCUGAUCUCAAAAAACUGCUCGAACGGAUCGCCUCGGGCUAUCCUCUCGACGCUCUUCUAGCUGCACUGGGCGCAAUCGUGUCAGAUGCCGUCGAAGUCCCCAUCGAAGCCAUGUCGGACAACGACAGCAAGGCUGCACUCAGGGAGUGGUUCGCCAGCCUAGGCGCAUGGCUCGACGCUGCGCUUGCGGACCCUGCAUAUGCCACGUCUGAGGCGGGGCACGCGGACGCGAGCAAACUUUACGACCGUGCACGAGCCCAGCUGGAGGAGGCCAGGUCUGAUCCGCAGGCGGAGUGGGUUCAGCAUCUCCACUCGCUCCUCGGCGAAGCGGAUGCCUAUCUAUCCGCCCUCUCACAAGACCGCACCACCCGCACGGUCACGGACGCGCUCUCUGCGCUGUUGGCUGCUCUCACCGAUGGCGGGGCCACUGUUCUAUCUACCGCGCCCGGACUUGCCCAUGCUGGUAUCCAGCAGGCGAAACGCGACGCGCUCAAGGGCAUCGUGAUGUGGCUCCUUCCCCGCAUCCUGCGCGCCGUGAGCGCGAUCCCGAUGCCCCGCGUGGAAUACGUGGACGACACGAUCGAGGCGGCCGUCGACGCGCUCUUGCUCACCGCCCCACGACGCAAAGGGAGGGAAGAGGUCCUGGGAGUGCAGACGUCGCUGGUCCCGGACAGGGUCCGGCUGGAGAGCUGGAACGAGACCGUGGUCGAGGUCGACAACACCGUGCCGGCUUAUCCAUCGGUGCUGGGCGGGAUUGCACACAGAGGGGCGGGGCUCAUGGCUCUUGUUGCAGGUACGAAUAGACGCACGACGCACGACACGACCGGACGCGCGGGGACGAGGACGAGGACACGGGUGGAGACGCACUCGCGGACGAGGGCACGAGUGCAUGUCGACGGCGUGCGCAUCGCGGCGCACGACGUCGCGUACUACGUGCGCUACAAGGGCGCACGGCUCUUUGGAGCGCGGAUCCCGGGCACCUCGUACGAGGAUGAGGGGCUGGUGAGCGUCGAGGUGGGCGCGGCGGGCGAGAGCAUGCGCGUCGCGCAGGGUACGGGCGUCAGCGUGGACGUCGAGCUCGAAUUCGACACCGGCACCGGCACCUCCACUUCGAACCACGGCAGCUGGACCGAAUGGCUCACGGGCUCGAGCACCCAAGAUAGUAGCGGGGAGGAAGAAACCCAACCGCUGUUCCGCGUCACCGAUGUCUGCGUGGACGUCCCGGGGCUCGACAUCCAGCUUACUCGGACCCGACAUUGGAUGCUCAAUGCGCUCGUCGUGCAGCCGCUCGCGGGGCCUGUUGCGCGCGCCGCGGUUGGGUGGGCCCUACAGGGCCAGAUCCGUGCCGCGUUGGAAGCGGUAGCGAGUACUGGCGGUCGGGUGCGGGAUCGUGCAGCCGAGAAGGCUGCGAGAAGGGAGCGGGGUCCCGAAGAUGGAUCUGCGACCGCGUCGGAUUGGUGGGAGGCGUUGAGCGAAGAGAUCGGCACUACCAGUGCGGACCCCGAGGAGGACGACGCAGACGGAGAAGAGACGCCUCUCGUCGAAACGCACACGCGCGCGACCGCGCAGGGCCUCAUACAGAAAACCACCACCCACGCCGACGACGGUGCGCCCGCAGAGGAGAGCGUGCUCGCGGUGGGCAUCGGCGCGCAGGCGCUGCCCGGGAAGGGCGGCCCAUACGGUGCGGCGCGUCCCCCGGCGCGUGCGUUCGAAGGCGGGGUCGAGGGCGUGGUGGGGCGCGGGACGGAGGAGGCGAGGGAGGCGGUCGGGGACGUGGCAAGGGCAGAGGUCAUCGAAGAGCAGGUGAGGGCUGGCAUGGAGAGGGCUGGAGAGAUGAGGGAGGCUGUGAGGGAUGCGGGCGCGAGGGCGGAGGUGAGGACAAGGGUGGAGGCGAGGAGAGGUGGGUGGAGGAGUCGGGCGUUCGAUGCUCUGGUGCUGUGA